AUGGAAUUUCCUAAUAGAGAGCAAUCUCAUGAGCUACUUCCAGCUCAAGUUCACAUAUGGAACCAAAUAUUCAACUCCAUAAACUCUAUGUCACUUAAAUGUGCAAUUCCACUAAGCAUACCAGAUGUCAUCCACAUUCAUGGCUGUCCUAUGAACCUAUUUGAGUUGGUAGAUGCUCUUCCAAUCCACCACAAAAAAGAAAAAUUCAUCUAUCGCCUGAUGCACAUCCUGAUUCACUCUGACUUUUUUGUCAGGCAAAAGAUCUCGACAAAUUAUGAAGGAGGUUAUUUGAUCACACUAGCCUCUUGGCUCCUCCUAAAGGAUGAGCCCUUUAGCGUGACACUCCUCUUGCUAGCCAUGCUUGAUCCAAUUAUGACAAAGCCAUGGCACCAUAUGAGUGACAAGUUCCAUAAUGACGAGCCCAUGCCGUUUCAUUCGACUCAUGGGAGGACACUCUGGGACUAUACAUGCCAUGAACCAAAGCUUAACCAUUUGAUUAAUGAUGCCAUGUCUAGUGAUGCCUGA